AUGACCGAUCUAAAAAAAAUUAAUCAAAUUCCAAAAGAUCUUGUACGGAAAGUCGAGACUGGAGAAACUGUAUCUGAUGAUCGCGAAAUUUUGUUUUUUGAGGAUGCAAAUGUAAAUUAUAAAAUUGACUUCCCAUGUCAAGUAAAUUGGGGACUUGGUGCUCUCUUGAAUGUAUAUAUAACGUCAAAGUCUUUUAUUUUGUUUGAUUCCGAGCAAAAUUUCGGUUGGCGAAUUCCAUAUAAGCUAAUUACCCUGCAUGCAAAACAAAGUAAUCCAAAACCCUUUGUGUACUUACAGUUGGAGGGAGAUCUUAUGUCUUUAUGUUCAUGCAAAACGACGUCCGAAGAAGAGGAGUUUCUUAGAAAAGGAAUCGUUGGAAAGAAUGGCGAAAAAAUCGUUAUAGUUGACAUACAUGGCUCUUUACUCCAUGCGAAUGCUUCAUCGAUGUCUGAGAAUGAUUUCAAGUCUAUGUCCAUAACUUACACUACACCCGUAACAGCUUUGUUGCAAGACCAGUCUGGAAAUGUAUAUAGAUCUAAAAACAUGAAUGAACUUUCCAACCUUUACUCGUGCUUGUUUGGCCAAGAGCCUCCGUUUCAGAUCAAUGGCGCCGGAGAAUUCUCUGAAACAAACGACGCCUCAGAAAUUGAAGACGAUACUGCAUGGUCACCCGUUUUUGAGAUAACUUUGUUUCUAUCGGAUUUCGAUACAUGUUACCAAGCUUUAUGUGCAUGUCAGUCUUUACAUCCUGAUCCACUCUCUGAUGAAGAACAAGAUGAUUUUUCAUUACUUUCCGAUCCGAACCAUCAAUGGAUUACAGCAGAUAAUUUGGAUGAAAGUGCUAGCACUAUAGAAAUUGAUACCGACCAAGAAUACUCAAAAUGGCGACGUACCGAGUGA